AUGAUGUCAGAAAUAAAGGAUUACGUCAGCAAGUGUGAAACAUGUCAGUCGUUUGGUAGGAAGCAGUGUAAGCAACCGCUUAUUAGCCACGACGUACCAGACCGUCCAUGGGCUAAAGUAGCAAUGGACGUGUUCACAUUCAACAACAAAGAGUACUUAGUGACAGUUGACUAUUUCAGCAAUUUGUUUGAAAUCGAUUACUUGGAACGAGCCACGUCCAAAAUUAUCAUCAGAAAGCUUAAGCAACACUUCGCAAGACACGGAAUACCGGAAACGCUUGUGUCAGAUCAAGCUACAGUGUUCAAGUCUGAGCAGUUCAAAGCUUUUGAAAAUGAAUGGGACAUUACUCACUCAUACUCGUCAGCUCGAUAUCCCCAGAGUAAAGGAAAAGCCGAGAAUGCUAUAUUCAGCUACAACCACCUUGAUAAAAUUCUAGAUAAAUACAGUCUGAAGAGGGUCGCAAAGUCCCCGAUUACCGCCUAUGCCAAGAAAUGUGCUGAAGUGUCCUGGUGGCUGGUUGUUCAGAGACCUCCGAUGUUUGUUUUACCAGGCGACGAGGAUGCUGAAUUCGACACGCAGUUGUAUAAGGAGUAUAAAAAAGCGAGCGUUGCUUUAGAGCAGCAUGCGCAUGCGCGCAGUCUGGUCAUGAGUUACCCUGUCCGCUAUGAAGUCACCGGACCAGACUACCACGCUAUGAAGUCACCGGACCAGACUACCACGCUAUGA